GGCGAAUCGCAAAAAUACAGUGUUCUUUUGGUGCAUUGCCGAUUAAUUUUGAGAAAUUGAAGCGAUUAAUCGGUGCAAAAAGUUCAAACCAAUUGUCGGAGGGAGGGAGCCUUCAUUUUAGUCAUCAGCAAUGGUGAAUGUAAUGAAAGGAGUUCUCGUUGAGUGUGACCCGGCUAUGAAACAAUUCCUGCUACAUCUGGACGAAACUCAAUCCCUUGGACGCAAAUUUAUCAUUCAGGACCUGGACGAACGCCACCUGUUUAUCUCAACUGAUAUCAUUGAAACUCUUCAGGCCAGGGUGGACGAUUUAAUGGACCGGAUUAGCGUUUCUCUGCACGAAAAGGAAGCCUAAGUUGGUUGCAGUAGAAGCAUAUCGUACAAAUUCUCAACUUUUCAAAACGAUUAAAGUACUAGGCAUAAGUUAGCAUUACGAAAAUGGCAUCAAGAGAAUCCGGUCGAAUCCGAGAGGCGGACAAAAAGCGUGUCCUGGAUGAUGCCUCCCGGAAACGCCGAGCCCGCAAAGCGUUGGAAGCCCUCGAGCAGGACAAUUAUCACGAAGAUCCCCACGCCGAUUUGGUCAUGUCGAAGAAAAUCCCUAAAUUCCAAGACAACAUGGACGGUGUAAGUAGCAGCAACACCAAAAAGAAAGCUAAACGAAGCAAGGGCGCGGAAUACUACCGGG